AUGUAUUCAAUUCACGGCGUUUAUUUCAUAUUCGAAUCGACUCCAUUCGUUCAUCCGAUCUUCUCUCAAAUCUUCUAUGGAAUCCUUUUCACUCUUACGAUAUUUCUAGCGCUCAUGGGAAAUUUCACAGUGAUGUGGAUCAUCCUUUACCAUCGUCAAAUGCGAAGUGUCACUAAUUACUAUCUGUUCAAUUUGGCAGUGGCAGAUGCUUCGAUUUCAGUUUUCAACACUGGAUUCUCAUGGUCUUACAACUAUUAUUACGUUUGGAAAUUUGGAAGUUUCUACUGUCGAAUAAACAAUUUGAUGGGAAUCACGCCGAUAUGUGCGAGUGUUUUCACAAUGAUUGUGAUGAGUAUCGAAAGAUAUUAUGCCAUAAUGCAUCCUCUUAAAAGGCGACCGGGGCGGAGGUCUACCGUUUCGAUUAUUAUCAUGAUCUGGCUUCUCGCAUUUUUAUUCGGAGUUCCCGCGUUUUUGGCGUCAAAGGUCGAUAUCUAUUAUUUCUACGAUGGAACCACUCUUUACGAGAAUCCGUUAUGCCUAGCAGAUAACUAUCCAGGUGGAAAUGAAUCGCUUCUUGGUCAAAUAUACAACAAUGGACUAAUAACAGUGCAAUACAUCCUUCCAUUAUGUAUUUUAUCAGCAGCUUAUUAUCGAGUUGGAGUGGAAUUGAGAAAGGAUAAAACAGUUGGAGAUGUACGGCACGCGAAAUCAGUGGCUGCCAAGAAGAAGGCGUCGAUUAUGCUGGCAGUCGUUGUGUUCAUUUUCAUGAUUGUUUGGUUUCCAUACAACGCGUAUUAUCUCACUUUGCAUCUCGUCGAGCCGAUUGGAAAUAAGAUGUUGAGUCUGUACAUUUAUAUCAAUAUAUACUGGUUGGGAAUGUCAUCAACAGUUUUUAACCCGAUUAUAUAUUAUUUUAUGAACAAGAGAUUCCGCGUUGGGUUCCACCACGCUUUCCGUUGGCUCCCAUUCGUUCGUUCUGACAAAGAUGAAUAUCAAUCGAUUCUCUCCCAAACUCGUCCAUCUCUCAUGCCGCCUACAACUAUGGCUCACACGGAUUUCUGA